ACAGAGGGAAAGAUGUUUCCAGUGUCCCAAUUUAACUUCAGCUGCGUGCCUACUACUAAGUACUUGAGAUAUUAUCGGCGACUUGACUAAGCGCCUGUGGUUGACCUCAGCAAAUCAUGUCUGUGUGUGCCGCAUUUGACUUAACUAUUUCAGUUUUCAGCAUCAUCGGAUCGUUGACUGUCAGAUGGAGAAGUUUACAUCGCGACACACUGAUCACCCGCUUUGGAAAGUACUAGAUAUGGCAUUUGGGGAAGACUACGGGAUGUGGUAUUGUACUGCAGUGUUGCAUUGAGACCAUCAGCAGUUAUUAAGGGACAUUCUGUUAUGGAAGUAAUUCAACAGAUCUGUCAUGUCUUGACUGCACCAAACACUCGCGAGGAAGAAUGAAGUAAGCGCGAUGGAGCCGGACAAUGGCCCGCACUCCAAACUCAAAGCAGCUGGAGUCGGGGGGAGAGCUGUCUUUCUCUUCAUGGUUCUUUACUGGUCAUGCUGCCUGGGGUUUGCACAAACACAGCCGGCAGAUGUGGAUGUCCUGCAAAGGCUGGGAUUGGUUGGGAAAAGACCUUCUCUUGGAACACGCUCCACACCUCAAGGUGUCAUCCCCUUCAAAUCUGGAGUCAUCCUAACCCAGAGGGCGCGAAUUGAUGUCCCUGUUAGCUCUGUCAUACCUGCAUCAUUGGGCACGACAUUCUCUCUCAUCCUCAGUGUAUGUUCGCAUCGAAUAAACAAUGCUUUCCUCUUUACCAUUGUAACAAAGAGGAAGAGACUGCAGCUAGGGGUGCAAUUCAUCCCUGGGAAAAUCUUAGUUUAUAUAGGCCAAAAGACCACUGUAGAUUUUGCUUAUGAUAUUCACAAUGGCCAGUGGCACAACCUAGCUUUGGAAAUCCAAGCCCAGAGGAUUACAUUAUAUACUUCUUGUGGGAAGACAAGUGUAAAUGCAAAUUUGCUUUUUAAAAAUGAGGAAACGUUGGAUCCAGAAGGCUCAUUUCGUUUGGGAAAAACGAGCCAGUACUCGGCCCAGUUUGAAGGAGCCAUCUGCCAAUUCGAUAUUCAUCCCUCUGUGAAGGCAGCGCACAAUUAUUGUAAGUACAUUAAAAAACAGUGCAGGGAAGCUGUAACCUAUCGACCAAACCUUCUGCCUCUUUUACCAUUAUUACCCCUGGACACCAAUAUAUCUGUCACCUUUCACACCCAAAUUGUUACAACAGAGCUUAUCAAAAGGCAUUUUAGCUCUAGUCUUUCACUAACACGAGACAAGAUGCAAAUUAAUCAUGAAACCUUGCAAAGCCUGAACUCCUCUGCUUUGAUGAUUUCUCGUUCUGGCACUGUCUUGUCUGCACGAAGCACUGUGCCACCAACGAUAGCCCAUCCCUCACUACAGCUCCCUCUGCAGGCCACAACUCAAACAGUCAAUGCCCCCUUUGCGAGUAGGAGGACAUCACAAUCAUCUCCAAAGCCAACUCAACCAAGCAGCCCUUCAAAGAACCUCCUGAGGACAACUAUAAAUCCCCUGAAAUUAAAGGAGAAUGAGAUGGCUGUCAAUGUCAAACCAAAAGAGAAAAAAAUGGAAAUACCGACCAUUGCCACAACCAAACCUAAAUCUUCUAGUGCAGUCAGUGUGUCAGAGAUGACAACAGUUGCAUCAUGGAGACCUCAGCCAAAGGUGAACACCUUUCUUGAAGCCAACACCACUUGUUCUGCGCCUGUCACCCCUGCAGCCUCAGAUGGUCUCCAAACCUUUGAAUUGGAACCAACCCAAUACUCCCUCUUGGCUGGGGCACCUGGACUGAAAGGAGAACCUGGACUACUGGGACCUCAAGGGCCUCCUGGCAAGCCAGGAUUACCAGGAAAGAGAGGACCCAGGGGCUCCCCUGGUCCACAUGGAAACCCAGGUCGCCCAGGGUCUCCCGGACCCAAGGGGAAAAAGGGUGACCCUGGACUCUCACCAGGCAGAGCGCUAAGUGGAAUAAAGGGUGAUCCUGGGACAUUGGGGCUACCCGGACUGCCUGGUCAAGCCGGUCAGAAUGGACAGAAAGGACAUCCUGGUCCCCCCGGACACUCAGGAGAUCAAGGAGAAAGAGGACCUGAUGGAAGCCCAGGUGCCAAAGGCUAUCCUGGCAGGCAGGGUUUGCCGGGGCCUAUAGGACAUAUGGGACAAAAGGGAGUAUGGGGCUUCAUUGGAAUUCCAGGCAUCUUUGGUCUCCCCGGACCUGACGGAGAAAGAGGUUUACCUGGUGUUCCUGGGAAGAAGGGCAAGACGGGUAGGCCGGGCUUUCCAGGAGAUUUCGGGGAGCGAGGACCACCGGGACCUGAUGGAAACCCAGGGAAGAUUGGUGCCUCAGGUCCUGUUGGCAUCCCUGGCCUUAUUGGUGAUAUGGGCCUGGUUGGAAACAUGGGUCUUCCUGGGCCAGUGGGACUUAAGGGUGUGCCAGGAAACCCAGGAGAACCUGGACUGAAAGGUGAUAAGGGUGAAGACGGGUUGCCAGGAGAAACCGGGGAACCUGGAUUUCAAGGUGACAAGGGUGUUCAAGGCUUACCAGGUUUACCGGGAAUUCGAGGAAAGCAAGGGCCACAGGGUAAGCCUGGAGAUCGUGGCCCAGAUGGUUUGCCAGGCCCACCUGGCCCUGAGGGCUUUCCAGGUGAUAUUGGACCACCAGGACAGAAUGGUGUUGAGGGCCCAAAGGGAAACACAGGAGUGAAAGGGAUUCCAGGCCUGAAAGGAGAUUCUGGACUGGAGGGGGAUGAGGGACUAAUAGGACCAGCAGGGGCUCCAGGACCGGAGGGUAGACCUGGGAGGAAGGGUUUGCCUGGAAAUCCAGGAGCAGAGGGAAUGAAGGGAGAGCCUGGAAUCACUGGAAAUGUUGGAAUACUUGGUGAGAGGGGUCCUGUCGGUUUCAUUGGACCUGUGGGUGAGAUAGGGCUUGCUGGUGAAAAGGGAGAUCGUGGUGAGGUGGGUCUGCCAGGCCCACUGGGAGAAAAGGGAGCGAUGGGACACCCUGGACCUCCAGGUGAGAGAGGGCCAUCUGGACCUCCAGGUAUACCAGGCCCCUCCGGUUUUAGGGGACUCAGUGGCACCAGGGGACCCAAAGGCAGAAGGGGUGCAACAGGACAAGAUGGACCAGUUGGUGAGAAAGGGUUGAUAGGAGUCAAGGGUCCUGAGGGCCCACCAGGAAAACAAGGUUUCACUGGCCAAAUGGGUCAAAUUGGUGAAACAGGUGAAACAGGACCAACUGGAUUUCCAGGUGUUCAUGGACCAACUGGGCCUCCUGGAGCAAAGGGAAUUUUAGGUGAAACUGGUCCUUCUGGGCCACCUGGAAUAUUAGGUCCAAUGGGUGAGAUUGGAGCAGUGGGUUUACCUGGAACAUCUGGGGAGCGAGGCCUAACAAGUGAACCAGGAGAGAAGGGUGCAGUUGGAUCUCCUGGAAGUAUGGGAGAUCAAGGCUUGAUUGGACCUAGAGGUGACCAUGGACUUGAUGGUGAGGCUGGUCUGAGUGGCCCUGAUGGAGCUAAGGGUGAAAAGGGGGAUAUUGGAAUUGAGGGGGAAACUGGUGAAAAGGGGGAUAUCGGAUUUAAAGGAAAAGAAGGCUGUCCUGGAGAUCCCGGCUUGAUGGGCGUCAAGGGUCCUGAGGGAAAACUUGGAAAAUCUGGUGAGAGGGGAAAACCAGGAGAGAAGGGCAGCAAAGGUCACCAAGGUCACCUAGGUGAGACUGGGCCAACUGGGGAGCAAGGUGCUAUGGGUUUCAUUGGGGCAAAAGGAAGCAGAGGAACUACUGGAUUUGUGGGUGCUCCUGGAAAAAUGGGUCAACAAGGUGAACCAGGUUUAGUGGGAUAUGAAGGUCACCAAGGACUGCGUGGUCCAAUGGGAUCCCCAGGACCAAAAGGUGAAGAGGGAGACCAAGGAGAUGAUGGGAAGGUUGAAGGUCCACCUGGUCAUUCAGGUGACAUUGGACCUGUUGGGAACAGAGGAGAGAGGGGCGAACCAGGUGACCCUGGAUACCCAGGUCAUGAAGGUGUUAAUGGGGAAAGAGGAAAACCAGGGACCCCUGGACUUCCUGGAAAUGCUGGGCCAAGAGGUGUUCCAGGACCAAAAGGUUCCAAAGGCAAUAAAGGUCCAAAUGGCAAAAACGGUGCUCGAGGUGAAUCUGGAGGCCGAGGGUCCCCUGGUCUUGUUGGUCUUCCUGGCCCUAGAGGAUUGGUUGGUCGUGAGGGUCUUGAGGGUGAUUCUGGGGUAGAUGGACUCACUGGGAAAGAUGGAGCUGAAGGAAUGCCAGGUGAGCAUGGAAGUGAUGGGGAGGUUGGUCUGCAUGGAAAACCUGGUUCUCAAGGCAAAACAGGUGUACCAGGUCUACCAGGAAUUCAAGGCUCUUCUGGGCCAAAGGGUGAAAGGGGCCUCCCCGGCCAAACUGGACCUUUCGGCAAGUAUGGGUUUAGUGGAGGGAUGGGAUUUCCUGGAAAACAAGGUGACCGAGGGGUCAAAGGGCAAACUGGUGAUACUGGUGAACAGGGAUUUCCUGGAGUCUUUGGGAUGUUUGGACCAAAGGGGCCACCAGGAGACCUUGGUCCAGUUGGUAUCCAGGGUCCAAAGGGUCCUCAGGGUUUAAUGGGGGUGCAAGGAGCCAUUGGACCUGAUGGUAUCAUUGGGCCAAGUGGUAAUCCAGGACCGCAAGGAGACAAAGGAAGUAGAGGGGAAAUGGGUGCUCAAGGACCCAGGGGACCUCCAGGUCUUCAUGGACCACGUGGACCUCCAGGGCCUCCUGGUGUAUCUCUCUCUCUUGACAAAGAGGCUCUUGGUGCUGCUUUACAUGUUAUAAUAGAUUCUCGCUCUGCUUUAAGGUCUGAGUUCUAUCAAGAUACUGAUCUUCCGAUGAUGAACCAGGGAUCUGAUAUCUUAAAGACCCUUCACUACCUCAGUACCCUCAUCCACAGCAUCAAGAACCCACUGGGAACGCAGGAGAAUCCAGCCAGAAUGUGUAGAGAUCUGUUCUAUUGUAAACAUAAGUUGAACGAUGGCAUUUACUGGAUAGAUCCUAAUCUGGGCUGCACCUCUGACAAUAUUGAGGUGACCUGCAACUUCACCAAUGGAGGCCAGACCUGCCUUAAGCCAGUAGCUGUGUCCAAGUUGGAGAUUGGUGUUAGUCUGAUCCAGAUUAACUUUAUCCACCUCCUGAGCUCUGAGGCUGUGCAGAUCAUCACCAUCCACUGCCUGAACUUCCCUGUUUGGGCAGCAGAGGACUCCAAAAUACCGUCAUCUAGUGCAGUGUACUUCAAAGCCUGGAAUGGACAAAUAGUUGAGGCUGGAGGAUUCAUCGAGCCUGAUCUGAUAAAGGAUGACUGCUGGAUCACAGAUGGUCGCUGGCAUCAGGCGCAGUUUGUUUUCCAGACACAGGACCCAAACUUAUUGCCCAUUGUGGAGAUCUACAACUUGCCCAGCACUAAACCUGGCUCACAUUACAACCUGGAAGUGGGCCCUGUUUGCUUUUUAUAAAAAAUUAUAAAAGGGAACAAUGGACAACCUUGAAUACUCCUGCUACAGAGGCUCUUUCUAUGUCUAGGGGCCAAUGAAACUGGUCUGAAUUCUGUACCUCUCCUCUCAAGCCUGGACUACAGACUUUAAACAUGAGGAAAAAGGAAACCGGUGCAGCUUUGGAGAUAACAAGACUUCUUAUGCUAGCAGCUCUGGAUGACACAUGAGGUCUGAAAGCAAGGCCUGAAUAUUUUGCUAGAGGUGCUUUUAAGUCUUAAUUUAUUCAUGUAGUUGUGUUUUUUGAAGUGCUUACAGUAUUUUGUAUUAUAUAGUUAUACAUGAUCAUGUGUGUGUAUGUGCAUUUUCUGUAAAGUGCAAUAAAGAAUGUACUGAUUUUUUUUUAAAGAUAAAUCUUGAAUUUGGCUGUUCUAGGUGAGUAAGGUUAACUCUCACUCAUAUCAUUCAAUUCAGGUUUAUUAUUGUCUGUACUUUCAUACACCAGCAGGUCUGUUGUUUGUCUCAGAAACUAGCUUCCAAGUGCUAGCAUAAUAAUCACAUUCUUUGACUCACCAACACACAUGCAUUCAUGCAAAUCCGGCAUAUGACUCACCAGUUAACACAGUAACGGAGGUGGAUUCAAACUUGAAAAUUAACAUGUAAUCAUCUACCUCCCAUCUCUCAUUUUUGGGAAAAUACGUUUUAAUAAAAGAUUCACAUUCCUGUGGUUUGAUAUCAUUUAAAGCAAGAUCUGUUUCUGUCAAAUGUUUUUAAUGUAAGUGCCUUUUAUACACUUGGAAAGGGAAUAUUUUUGUAUAAAUUAAAGAAAAAUAGUUCCAAUGUACUUUUUGCAGCCAAUCAUACAUUUUUAACCCUUUUUUCUAUUAUGCUUUAAUUGUACAAAUCUUUGAACUGAGGAGACACAAGAAUUGUUUUAUUAUAGCAAGUGUGGUGUUGAUGGAUUUCAGUUUUAUUGUAGCGGCCUGAAACAAUGGACCCUAUUGUGCAAAAACACUUUGUGCUUCAUGUCGUGCUUGCCCUUUGUCACACAGUUCUAGAGUGCCUUCAUUAAGUGCAUUGUAGUCAGAUCUGAAGAAAAAAAACUACAUUGUUUACUCAAUUCCAUAAGCCCUUUUUGACUGCAGAAGUACGUAAUUGCUAGACAUGAAAAAUACACUGUUUUGUGUCAUAUUUUUUUUUUUGAGAUGCGUGUACAAAGCUGAAUGUUAUGCUUAUAGAAAUUGUUCAUCAAAAUGUGGGCAAUAGCAAAUCCCACUAUAAUAAUGGGUUUGUUAUGAGCGGCAUCAAUAACAUGUUGAGCUAAGUUUCUGAAUUUGUGAACAAAAAAGAGGUAUGGAUGGGAUUUAAAUGAAUUUUUUCUGUUGAUUUGUUAGAAAACUACCAGGAGCCAUCUUAUUUUGCCAAAAGAGGGUGUUAAAUAUUUGUACUUCUAUUUGUAAGUUUAGGUUUUAUUGUCUUUGUUUAUUGUAUGUUCUGUGAUUUUGAGUGAAAGAAAGAUCUCCAGAAAAAAAGUUGUUUUUCCAAGUGGCCAUUUCCAUCUCUUUUACAUCAUUUACUUCUGAAU